CAAAUCAUAGUUCGUCAGCAGUUGCCACUGAGACAACAAACAGAACAACCUCCGAAAAUAUCCCCACAGUUUAACCCAAUUAUGGACGAAUCUUCUUUCUUUCAAUACUCAACUACACCGGAAAUCUCCCCUGAAUCGUCGUUUUGCUCGCCGGGGCCGUACAAUCCUGCUUUCUUCAACUUCAAUAACGCAGAGGACCUGCUUUGGAUGGAUUUAUUGGCUGGAGGCAAACCCGAACCCGAAGAAGUUACUUCGGAUGCCAAACGGGAUGAGCUUGAACUUGAAUCCGAACCCGAAAAGAGUUACAGAGGGGUAAGGAGGAGGCCGUGGGGGAAAUUCGCAGCAGAAAUCAGGGAUUCAACUAGAAACGGUGUGAGGGUGUGGCUAGGGACAUUCGACAGCACCGAAGCAGCCGCUUUAGCUUACGAUCAAGCGGCGUUCGCGAUGAGAGGGCCAUUGGCUACACUCAAUUUCCCAAUCCAAGUGGUGAAGGAAUCGCAUGAGGAAAUAAAGUAUGAAUGCGAGGAGGGUUGCUCCCCUGUUAUGGCUUUGAAGAAGGGGCAUUACUUAAGGAGAAGGUCGACGAAGAACACGAAAAGCAAACGAAACGAGGUGGUCGGAAAACAACUACAACAACAGAACUUGGUUGUGUUCGAGGAUUUAGGAGCUGAUUACUUGGAGCAGCUUUUAAGUUCAUGUGAAAGUUCGGGUCCUAGGUAAAAUGCGUUGACGACGAGGAGUCGGGGUUUUUAAUCUUUUUGAUUGCAUGUAUUUUUUUUCUUUUUCUUGAUUUCAUUGAAUCUUGGAG